CACGGUGUGAUGUUUGACAAGGCGGAGGGCUGCUGCGGGAUAAACGGUGCUCUGCGGUUCCCACCUUGUUUACCGUAAAUAUGUCACACAUCGUUAUCACAACAACACCGAGCGGCAUGUCGGCGGCGGACGGAGGCCUGCUGAAUCUGGGCUACGCCCGCUCGGUACCGGGACUGCUGAAGAUCGCGCAGAUGGUUGCCCUGCUCAUUUCCUUUCUGUGCGUCUACUGUGCCCGUGGCUGGACUUCCUGGGCAGCAUUCCUGUUCUUGGAGCUUGUGGCCUUGUCGUUCUUCGUGGUCCUCCUGACCUUCUUCUUGGUCAGUAUCUUCAGGCUGCAGAGGAAGAUGCCCUGCAUCAACUGGAUGCUGACGGAAUUCUUCCAUUACGCACUUGGGACGCUCCUCAUCUUCAUCGCCUCCGUGGUUGCCGCCGUGAAGAGUGCAGGAGCUUCAGCGCUGGUGACAGCAUGGGUCUUUGGCUUCAUCGCAACGUUCCUGAUGGCCAUCAGCUUGUGGACCACUUAUAAAGUCAGCUGUGGCUUACAGCAGACAGGUGCAACGGUGUAGUUUUCAGAUCAGGCGUGAAGCAAGUGGAUGUGUUGGUGCCUUCCUGCCUCUUGGUGAAUUUUCUGCCUAGCAACCAAAUGGCUAAUGAAGAAUCUGAUUGGCUUAUAAAUCACACUACUGAUGUAUAGGAAGUGCUGAUCCAGGACCAGCCAACAUUUUCAUCAAUCUGAAGUGCGAGUGGAAAAAUCCCACUUCAACACGGAAAAAUCAGGACUUUAAUUACCAUAUGAAACUUUUUUGUUUUUCCUUUUCAGACUGAAUUUGACAUGAAUUUUUUUCCUGACACAGAAAAAUUUACUCAUUAAAAUAAAAAAAUUCCCAUAGUUAAGUAAAUAAAGAAAGAAAUCCCCAUAGUUAAGUUAAAAUAAAAAUGGCCAUCACUCUGCGACCUUCUAAAUAAGUUAAAAUUUAGAAUUUUCAAAAUUGAGAUUAAAAAGGCAAUUUUGAUUCAAAGAACAAACAACUUUAUUGAUCCCUAAAAGGGCAAUUCAUAUAAAUUCAAUUCAAAAUACAGCAAUUAAACCACAAUUAUUACUAAUUUGCUUGCAAAGUUAUAAAUUGUCUAAGUCAAACUGAAUAAUUUAAAAACAUUAAACCAAUUUUUCUAUUUUAUUGUAAUUAUUAGAUGAAAUUUCAGCUUGGUUUUUCAGAAUUUUGAAUGCCUGAUAAUUUUACUUCCAUCAUUUCUUAUUUUUCCACCAUUUGAUGAAAUUCAGCUCCUGUAGUUUAAAGUCUGGUGUUUUCACCGUCAGUAGGUCAGUCAAGGAUGCCGUGUCAUGAGUCACAUUUUUGUUUAGUGGAAUCCGGAUCACAUCUUUUGCUCUUGACCUCAGUUUGAGUCUUUAAAUCUUUAAAAUGCGCUGAAAGUGUAUUUAAAAACAUAUGUUAAAGUUUUGACGUUUAAUAAUUAUCACGUAGCUGU